AUGGAGCAGCGAGCUAACCGUCGGCACAGCGGUGGAGUUGCUCCUAGUGCUCCACGAGCGAAGCCUCGUCCAGUCUUGGGCACACGCAGGGUCGACGCCAGCACGGACGCCGCCACCGGCGUCACCUCCAGGGACGUUGUUAUCGACGUCGCCACCGGCCUCGCCGCGCGUCUCUACAUUCCCAGCGACGUCCUCGGUACAUCCACGAAGCUGCCCCUCCUCGUCUACUUCCACGGCGGCGCCUUUGCCGUGAACUCGGCCUUCUCCACGCAGUACUUCCGCUUCCUCAACGCGCUCGUGUCAGCGGCCCGCGCCGUGGCCGUGUCCGUCGACUUCCGUCUCGCGCCCGAGCACCCGGUGCCCGCCGCCUACGACGACGCAUGGGCCGCGCUCGGCUGGGCAGUGGCUACCGCCAGCUGCGCCCGCGUGUCGUCCGGGCAGGAGCCGUGGCUUGCCGAGCACGGCGACCCCACGCCCCUCUUCGUCGCGGGCGACAGCACCGGCGGCAACAUCGCGCACAACGUGGCGAUGAGGGCAGGCAGGAGCGGUCUGCCUGGCGGCCCGCGGAUCGAAGGGAUGGUGCUCCUGCACCCGUACUUCUGCGGCAAGGAGCUCGUGCCGUCCGAGAGCGCGGAGCCCCUCCGGUCGUUGGAGACGGCGGAGCGGUGGUGGGCCUUCGUGUGCGCGGGGAGAUACGGGAUCGACCACCCGUUCGUCAAUCCGCUGGCGAUGCCAGCGACGGAGUGGGUGUCGCUCGGCUGCCGGCGUGCCAUGGUGACCGUGGCCGAGCUGGACAGGAUGCGGGACAGAGGCCGGAGGUACGUGGAGGCGCUGAGGGCCAGCACGUGGGCAGGAGACGAGGCCGUGCUGUACGAGGAUCAAGGCGAGAGGCACGUCUUCUUCCUCAGUAGAUCCGACGGUAGCGGCAAGACGAAGCAGAGAUGA